AGAGGGAGAGCAACGACUAAUUCGUGGGGGCAUAGAAGCUGCGAUGCGCGGAAGCAGGUGGCGGUGAAAUGGCCAGAUCGCCUCAGAAAAUGCUCCUUUUUAUUUCACUGAGUCCUCAUUUUCAUCUAUUUCUCUACGAUUGUAACCUAGCAGAAACCUAACUGGAUAGCUCUAUUCUAUCUCGACUAUCCUUCUACAGGCGGAAGAAUGGCGGUGGCGGAGGGGAUGGGAGUGGCGAAGCUGUUGUAUAUAAUCGUGGUAGAAGAUGACGCAGAAACUGAGAAGGAAACUGCGUUUCGAUACACGCGUUCCGUCCUGCAGAGCACUCUGCAACUCAUGGGAUGCAAGGCUCGUCAUGCCUUCAAGAUAAGCCGAAGAAUAUUUGAAAUGGUGAGAACUGAAUGCCUGGCAGAUAAGUUUGUUUCAAAAUGUGCAGAAGUGUCACUACAGGAUCCUAAAAUAUAUACCCUGAGGGAGGUAGAGUAUUAUGCUGAUACCUGCUUGGAUAAAGCAGAUCUUUCAGAGGAAGAAAAAAAUAAGAGCAAACCAUUUGAAUUGUACAAAAGACGCACCACUGCGGUUGUCAGGAGACAAAAUUUCCUAGAUUUUGCUUCCGAAGCUCUUGCAGAGUACAAGUACGUGGGCGCAGAUCAGAGGGCUGAUUUGGCUAUAGCUUGCAGAAUCCGAGAACGAAAGGAAUCUGUUACUGUACUAUUGUGCGGCACAAGUGGCUGUGGCAAAUCUACUUUGUCAGCUUUGCUAGGUAGCAGGUUGGGUAUUACGACUGUUAUAUCUACUGACUCAAUCAGGCAUAUGAUGAGGAGUUUUGUAGAUGAAAAACAAAAUCCUUUACUGUGGGCUUCAACCUACCACGCUGGAGAAUAUUUAGAUCCAGUAGCAGUUGCAGAAGCUAAGGCCAAAAGGAAAGCGAAGAAAUUAGCCGGUGUCUCAACCCCCUCACUAGCUAAGGAUGACGUAUCUAGCGGUUUUGCAAUUGAAAAAUCUACAAUUGAGGGUUGUUCGGUUGCUGCUAGUUUGAUCCACCCAAAGCAGAUGGCAAUUGAAGGUUUCAAAGCGCAAAGUGAGAUGGUAAUUGAUAGUCUUGAUCGGUUGAUUACUGCAUGGGAAGAAAGGAAAGAAUCAGUGGUGGUGGAGGGCGUUCACUUAAGCCUCAAUUUUGUGAUGGGGCUUAUGAAAAAACAUCCUUCAAUCAUACCAUUCAUGAUAUAUAUUUCGAAUGAGGAGAAACACCUCGAAAGAUUUGCAGUCCGUGCAAAGUACAUGACACUAGAUCCUGCUAAAAACAAGUAUGUUAAAUAUAUACGAAACAUCAGAACAAUUCAAGAAUAUCUCUGUAACCGAGCUGAUAAGCAUUUGGUGCCAAAAAUAAACAACACAAAUGUUGAUAAAAGUGUGGCAGCCAUUCAUGCAACAGUUUUUAGCUGCCUAAGGAGGUGUGAGGCAGGAGACCAGCUUUAUGAUUCAAUCACAAAUACAGUGACUGUUGUUGACGAGGAGUACAGGAAUCAGUGUGCUGCCAAUUCCUUGAGUUCCAAGGGAAUGUUUCAGUUGAUUCAAAGGAAAGGUUCUAGUAGGAAUUUGAUGGCACUUUUGAAUAACGAUGGAUCUGUGGCUAAGGCUUGGCCGGUUAACAUAAUAGAUGAAAAUGGCAAGCCAAUUGUGGGCCGUCCUAUUGAGAACGGAAUAGGAAAUCCCGCCUUUGGACCAAUGCAGAUAGAUAAAGCUGAAUAUGUCAACUUGCAGUUUGGUAAUUUUGGCAUCAGUGCUUGGCCCAAUGAUACUGGAGGUACCAGUCAUGCCAGCAGUGUGGAUGAGUCAAAGGAUUACCUGACUGACAAUGGUAGUAGAUAUUAUUCGUCCUGCUGCAGUUCACCAAGGUUCUCUGAAGGGCAUGCAAAGGAACUCAAGGAUAAAAACUCAGUGCAUGGUAGUGAUGAAGAUGUUGACGAGCUGCCUGAGAUAGACAGCGAUGAGGAUCUUAGUGAUGGGCAAAAACAGAACCAAGAAGAGUUGGAAGGCUCGGUGGCUGAGGAAUCCACCCUAUCGGACGAGGAGUAUGAUGAUCUCGCCCUGCAAGAUAUCCCAGAUGGCGGCUACGUUUCUGAUAAUGAAGAAGAGUCCAUGGAGUUCAAUAACGUGGUUGUAUCAACUAAGAAUAUCAUUAAUGGGCAUAAGUACCAACACAAUCUCGACCUUUUCAUGAGAACCAAAAGUGAAUCUUCGUCGGAGGAACUGUCAAGUGCUUUUGCAUAUCCCCUCAGAGAGAGAAACGAGAGCCGAAUGCCACAACGUUAUGGCAAUAGCAGGUUGAGAAAACGCUCUCAGAGCAUUCCAGCCUUCGGGAAGCAUGAGUCACUUGUAAACGUUCCAAUGGUUAAAAAUGCAGUUACUGUGUAAUCAAGUAGUUCUUUUUUGAGUUUCUCAUCUUUUCUUUUCAUGUUAUUUUUUGUAGCUUUGCAGCAAUCACCUUAUGUAUAGAAUUACUUGAAUAGAUGAGUUUCUGGAUA